GUGUGGUAAGUUAUGAUAAUGUCUAAAAUGAUCAGAAUUGUGCUAGAUGGAAAAUUGGCGUUAAAUCAAGAAUAUUUUGCGUCCGGAUUUAAACAAACAAAUCUGUCUUCCAAAUAAUUGCCUCAAGAAAUCAAUGCAAAUUACGCACAAUUCAUCUAAACGCAUUUGAGUUGUUAAUUGGUAUGUCAAUGUUAUCUUAAUGCCUAAAUUAGAAAAAAAACAUAUUAAUUUCGGUUUGAUAUUCAACGGCCCAAUGACGUGACGCUGAGCUUUGCCAAUCCGAGCCUGGAAUGCGUUCAAGCACUCACUUUGUGCACCCGCACUCUCCGCUUCAGCACCACAGGGUGCAGGGAGGAUCCAAACCCACGGAUCUGCUGCGCAUUUGUUCCCCGCGUGGAAAGUUGACGGACUCUUUAUUUCCCCUUUUCAUUGUUUUACCACACUUGGAGCGAACGGAGAUGAGCGCUUUUUGGGCAAUGCUCGCUGACUUUCUUUUAAUACAAACUUAAUGGAUAAGGUUGACUGCAAGUGAGAAGAUCCACGAAACGACGCGCAUCAUCUACAAUAUAAGGUGGCGGGGGACGCAGAAUGGCACUUCCAUCCUCUUAUGUUACAUGGCACAGCGAGUAGAUCUGCUCACUUAACAAAUGGAGACCGGUACCGGGAGAGGAUAAAUUGCGUGCCAAGUAGUGAGGCUUUGGUGCUUUUGGGAGCGAUCCUGCGGCUCUUCCCGAAUAAAAGACGAGCGCAAACCAAAAAGAGAUGGAGCUGCUUCGGUGCGUGGGACUCGCAGCACUUUUGUGCACAGUGGUGGACAGCAAGGCGAUCCCGGAGGGCCUGCAGAGGUACAACCCGAUGCCAAUCUAUCUGCCUGUCAGCUACCGGAUCCUUAAUGCUGAGUCAGCUUUCUUCCUACAGGAAGCAAACCAGGAUUUAAUGAGGAAUUCCAGCCUGCAGGCCCGUACAGAGUCCUUCUUCAUCCACCAGGCUCGGCAGAUGCCCUUUGUCAACGCUAGUUACGGACCUCUGUCCGUGCAGCAGCCCGUUCCGUUGGAGAUGCUGCAAACUCAACCCGGGCCCUUUAAUUUGCCGACUUUCACAUCGGUGCCGAUGUCCCCGUCCCUCCUUCCGCUCUUUACGUUUAACUGGAAGGUUCAUACGUACAUCAUCAAUGAAAGGAUUCACCCCAGCUGGCCAAAGGUCCAAGUGUUGUUCUACAUCGCAGGGAGGGACUGGGAUGAUUAUAGCGCCAUCCAAAAGCUGCCCUGUAUUCGAAUGUUCGCCUUCCACGAGACUCAAGAGGUACGAGGGACAUGCAGACUGAAAGGGGAACUUGGGAUUUGUGUUGCUGAGCUACAGCCUCUUGCUAGCUGGUUUAGCCCACCCACUGUCAGGCCAGGUAGGCAGAGGACAUCCGAGCAGGCCCAAGGAACCUCCGUGGAACUCUACUACAUGGUUCAACCCACCAACACUGGUGACUGCAACGCCGAAGAUUCCAGGAAAGGCAGCGGGUUCCGUACGGAGCAGCACGGUCCGAGGGGUUAUUUCGCGGGACAUACACCCAUGCAACGCAUCGGAAGCGUCAGACUCUUUCAGCCGCUAUCGGAACUGAAACUGGACAAUAACUUUUUGGUUAUGGUGGCCUCCAAACCUAUCCGGCAGAGAGAAACCCUAUCUGCUUUUCUGGCUCUGUCGACUCUUUCUUCAGUGCAGAUCUUUACCCUCAGGGUGAAGCUGAGAGACGGUGUGGCAUUCCUGGGGGCGAGAGCCAGUAACCCGGUAUCGUGGACGGUGAGUCAAGAUGUCAGAAGUGAAGGUCACAGAGUCGUCACCCUUCACUGCCGAAGAAAAGAAAACAGCUUCGGUCAAAGAGGGGAAGCGGGGGGCUACCAGCGCGUCUUGCAGGUGGAUCUGGAGGUGAACGGGUUGAUGGUGCCCGAAGGCGGCCGGGAGGUGACUUGGCAGGUGGAGUAUCCGCUCACCCGCACCCAGACGAGUGAGGUGCAGACACUCAUCCGCCUGGUACCGCAGGACCUGGGCGGCAUUGUACCACUAGCCAUGGACACCGAAAUCCUUAACACAGCCGUCCUCACCGGUCGAACGGUCGCCGUGCCCGUAAAGGUCGUCACCGUGGGAACGGACGGUUCGGUGUCGGAUGUAACCGAGUCGGUGGAAUGCAGGUCAACCGAUGAGCAAGUUAUCAAGGUGUCCGAGAGAUGCGACUACGUGUAUGUGAACGGGAAAGAAACCCGAGGAAAGAACAAGGUGAUGCUCAACUUCACCUACAGUUUCCUGAGCGCACAGCUGGAGAUGAGCGUGUGGAUGCCCCGCCUCCCUUUACUCAUCGACGUGGCCGACCCGGAACUCAAUCAAGUCAAAGGAUGGAGGGUGCCCGUCGCUACCGGACAAAGACGGUAUGACGAGGACGCUGCCGCUGAGGACAAGACGGAAAACUCCUGUGUGCCUCAGUACCAGAGCAGCAAGCUGCAAGUUCUUACCCAUUUUGUGUCGGAAAAUGAAGAAGACACGACUGAGGACGAUGAGCAAGGUCAGCAGAACUUCCUGCUAGGCAGCGACUGGCAGGUGGAUGUGACGCAACUGGUGAAGGACUCACUCAGGGUGGACGACCCGAAGAUUGCGCAACUGUGGGAGGGUCAAGUCGUGAUUGGACGAAGCGCCGGAAUGACCAAAAUACAGGUACUGUCACCUCUGACCUCGUUGGUCCUGGCCGAGAGGACGGUCAAGGUGCUGGAUGACAAAGUGAGUGUGACAGAACUGGGGGUCCAGUUGGUUUCUGGACUUUCCUUGUCGCUGCACCUCAGCCCAGGGAGCAACAGCGCUAUUGUCGCCACUGCAAGCACGCAGGAAGUCAUUGAAGCGGCCCAACAGGAGUCCUUCAUCAGCGCCUGGCUACAGUUUAGCGAUGGUUCCAUGACUCCACUGGAGAAUUACAACCCGGCCCAUUUCACCCUGACAGCCACCUCGCUGGACGAGCGGGUGGUGGUAGCCCAGCGUAACGCAGCGUGGAGGUGGCCGGUCAUCGUGGCGAAGGGCGAAGGUCAAGGUUUGCUUGUACGUGUUGAAAUGAGCAUGUCCGACACGUGCCAGAAUGGAAAGAAGCGUGCCAGUAUUGCCACCGGGACGGCCAACGUACAGGUGAGGUUCGGAGGACCCGAGGAGCUCUAUAAACGUUCAGGUGAGCGACCCACACGGCCCGAUACGCAUUAUUACGGCGGAUCGAUCUCGGACAUGGAAACCGGCUUAGUUAACCGUGGAGCUACUACCAUUAGAGGUCACGUCCCGGUGAGAGCCAAUGGGGGUCGUCUGUCUGCAGACACUGGGGGGAAAAUCCAAAGUGACUUCUCAGACUAUCCGGACCAGGUGGAGCAUCCACGUAGUCGCAGCACCGAUGAUGAUCUGCCCACCCGAAGAGCCAUGACCGACCUGGAGAUCGGAAUGUACGCCCUGUUGGGAGUCUUCUGCCUGGCCAUCCUUGUAUUCCUCAUCAACUGCAUCUCUUACACGUAUAAAUAUCGAAGCAAGCAUCUGUCUCUCGAGGCUCCCGAGACCAUGCCCCAUUCCCACGAUUGGGUGUGGUUGGGCCAAGAGGAGGGCCUCUGCCUGCAGCGACAGCAACUGGACGAGCAGGGCGGCACCCCCGAGGAAGGUAGCCAAUUAUUGAACGGCGGCGCCCAGCAUCCAGGCGGAGGUCGGGAUCCCAGAAGCGAGUCGCUCAAUUCCCCUACCACCAAGAGAAAGCGAGUGAAAUUCACUACUUUUUCCAACAUCAAAUCCAGUAACGGAUGUCCCGUGCUGAGCCCGUUAGCAUUAAUGCAAACCAGUGAGAUCAAGUGGGUUUGUCCGGACAUUGAGCUCGGGGACUCCAAGGAUCUUAGGAACUACAUGGAAAAGUUAAACGAGAACGCCAUCAAGAACAUUGCCUGAAUGCCGGUCGUCCAUUCCGAGAACUUAAAAGUGAAACUCACCCGAAUGCCUUCGGAAUGAUGAAGGGAAGUCAAAGGAAAUGAGGUGAGGAAGAAACCAGACAUUGGUUCUUCUUUCCCCGCACCAGACCGGAACUUUAGACCCGCGACGGCACUAAGAAACUCAAAAGCGAGCGACCGCGAUCAAUUAUUCGCCGCAGCACCACAACAAAAAGACAAAAUGUGAUCUUGAUAUUGUUGCUUAUCUUAAAUGUACGUUCUUUGUAUUUAAUUGAGGUUCCGUUUCAUAUUCUGUGCGUCCUGUAAUUUGCUUUCUUUUCUUUUGAUAUCAUCAAACUUUUAAUUGUACUGUAUUGUUUGUGCUCUGCUUGCUAUUGCAGAGUUGCUGUAUGCCCUGUACUGCAAAACGCCAAUUAUAGAUUCUUGGAGGAAUUUUCUACCUGCUAUAUAAAUGCAAAGUUUUAUUUAGCGAGAUUAUAUGUAUAGUAACAAUUUGUAUAAAUACAUUUCUUUCUUUUUUUUUUUUUUUCCUUUGUUACCAGAAACCAGAUCAAUGCAUGAUGUUAUGGAGGAAUGUGUGUUGGAUCUGGUAACUGGAAUGAAGGUGUGUAGAUAUGGAAUAUCCUUGGGCACAUGUCACUAUGGUAUUGUAAAAAUUAGUUUUGGGUCGGCCUCUGUAUGUUGCUACUGAUUUGAAUUGUGUAUUUUGCCCUUUAGAUAACGAUUCCCCUUUUGAUUCCGUUGCGUCACUCAAUAGAAGAACAACGGAUUAUGAUUUAGAGCAUCAUAGACAAUCUCUUAUUUAUAAGAAGUCUGUACCAUCUGUGUGGCCCAAGUUACACACUUAAAGAACUAUAUGUGACAUUUUGGACG